AUGGCAUCCACUCCCUCAAACCGGAUUAAGCCUGCACCAUCUAGUUCUCCGUUUCUUUCGCGGCCCACUCGAUCGCCUGUCCGUCCGCGAGCCCUUCAAGAAACCAAUUUCUCCCUCCAGCGUGUGAUAGGCACCACCUGCAGCUCGCCCACAGGUUUUGAUACCGUCCACUCGUCCUUCGCCUACAUCGCCGGCGGUGCCGUCGUCGUGGUCGAUGUCUCUGGCGAGCACUACUCACAGCGCUUCUACCGUGCCCGGCCGACCGCGGUCCCUGUCUUUUUAACUUGCUCUGUCGCCAAUGCAUUCUCACCUUCAACUUCUACGCCAAAAGCAAAUGAUAGCAGGAACAGGGCUGCUGCUUCCCCGAGAGAAACCCUGUAUGGAUCCGCCGAUUGGCCGGAAUCAUCACCCACCUCCAAGACGUGGACGAGCCGCGAACGGAUAAAGGCUGCCACCUGUCUGGCCCUCAGCCGAGAUGGAAGGUAUCUCGCCGUGGGCGAGACAGGCUACGCCCCGCGAGUGCUCAUCUUCAGCCUGCAGGAUACCUCAUCUGAUAUACCUCUGGUCUCCAUCAGUGAGCACACCUUCGGUGUUAGGGCGGUAGCUUGGUCCCCGGAUACCAAGUAUCUCGCGUCAUUGGGCUCGGCAAACGACGGAUUUCUCUAUCUAUGGAAGGUCGACCCCCGCACUGGUGCAGUCAAGCUGUUUCAGCAGAACAGAUGCACCUCUUUCGUCAAGGGAAUGGUGUGGAUGGGGAGCACCUUGAUAACACUUGGUGUCCGCCAUGUCAAGGCAUGGAGGGUAGAAGAUGGCCCGACCAUCUCCCCCAUCAAGACCAAGUUCUCCGAAGGCUCAGUCCCUCCGGCGCCUUCGCAGGCACAAAAGUCCUUGCCCGGAAGGAACAUCUUGUUAGGAUCGAUGCUGGACGCCACUUUCUGUUGCGCCUUGCCCGCAGGUGACGACAAAGCCAUUAUCUGCUCGGAGACGGGCAGUGUGUGCUUAUUGGACGACAUCGGAAAGCAGAUGAAGCUUAUCAAGGUUCUGGAUCUUGGUUUCGGCGUCACCUGCAUAUCGGGACGAAACGGGGACGUUUACAUUGGGGGUAAGGAAGGCCAAUUGGCCCUAAUUAGCCUCGAGAGCAUCUUGGCCGGCGUUCCAGAACCGGACAUUCGAAACUUCCAAAUGGCAGACGGUCUCAAUGCCAUGGGGUUCUUGGCAGAAACCCUCGUGACGAUCGAUACUAAGCGAUCAAUCGAUGUGUGGAGCCAUGAUUACAUUCCCCUGGCCUCCAAAAUGGACGACAGCAAACGCAUCCCAAUUCCGGGGCCUGGCGAUCCCAUUGUUGGCAUACAACGAUUGCCCGCAUCAAAUAUUCAUGAAGCGAUGUUUUUCACGUGGUCCGGGUCCGGGAGAGUAAACAUCUGGGAUAUGGAAGGCAUGAUCAAGUCGUCCUUCAACAUCCCAAUAGAGCAGAUUGAAACCAUCAAUGACUCUGACCCUGUUAAUCAGGUCGUCGUAGUGAGGGCGACAAACGACGGAAGCCUUUUCAUCGUCGGAGACAAACUUGGCGUUCUUCGAAUUAUCGACGCAUCUUCCAAGGAGUGCCUGUUGGAGACAAAAGCUCAUUCUUCAAACUGCCUGGACAUCACGAUCCACGAGGGGAAAUCCAGGGCCCUGUUGGCAUCUUGUGGAAGGGACCGGACUGUUCAGCUAUUCUUCCGCUCGUCUGCAGGGGUAUUUGAGCACUUCCAAACGCUCGAGUUCACCGCCAAGGUCGUGCAGGUGCUUAUACCCACGGAGGACAAGGUAUUGACAUGCUCCCUAGACCGGACACUCCAGAUCCAUGACAUCGUGAGUAAGGAGGGAGCACCGGACGUUAUGGCAGCCAUCCCCUCGAGGGUCAUUUCCUUGAGGGCAUCACCCUCAUCAAUGACGGUUACAUCCGACAUGAAAACGGUAUUUGUGUCGCUCCUGGAUCGCUCUGUCUGCCAGUUCGACAUGUCGAGCGGCCGGCUCUUGAACUCGUUCAAAUGCAGCGACGAAUCAGGCAACGAAUCCGUCGUUCUCGACUCCUUGACAUACGGGCAACUCGAGGCGGACGAUUUGAGUAUUCUCGUGGGUAUAUCGAAUACUGACAAGUCCGUGAGAAUCUACGAUGCACAAUCCGGCUGCUUCAUUCACCGCGAGUGGGGCCACACUGAAGCUAUCAAAGGCGUUAUCCUUACGGAUAGCGAAGAAAACGGGAGGAAGGUUGUCAGCGUUGGCGAGGACGGCACAAUCAUGGUUUGGGCUCUCGAUUUCCAGGAUCCUACAGCCGGGUCAAGAAGCCGCGACCCGUCCCCAGAGAAAACACCACUAGCUGCGAACCGUCCUCCGUUGAGGAGAGUUCUCUCAAAAGCCGAGCUUGCCGAAUUUCAGCGGCCUACAACAUCAACCUCCGGCCGCCGUUCGUCACCCCGGCCCUCUCACCGCCGGCCUUCAAAACUCCACCUGCCAUUCUCCUCAUUACGAACCCCCACCACGGAUAAACAAACAAGCCCUUCCAACACAACAGCCGCCAUCGACGAGACCCCUUCCCGCCGCGCCUCCUCGGGCGGCGGCAGCCCAUCAGAUAGUCCCCCGCCCGAGGACAGUCCAAAAAACCACCGUUCAAGGAUGUUCCGCCGUCCUUCCCUCCCAGCCCUGAAUUUGACGCCUUCGUCGUCUAUCAAAUCCAUCAAAUCUCGCAAGAGCUCCAAUUCCAACAUGCGUAGUGGCAUCAACCGCGGCACUAACGGCAACGACACCAACCACAACCAUCGAAAUAGCAGUAACAACCACGGCUUUGGGUCCCUGAGCAUGGCAACCGAGCAGACCUGCCGCCAGCUUCGCGCCUAUAGGAAGAAACUGGGGGCGUCAUCGGCUGAGAUCAACCCGGACCUGCUGACGCAACUCGACGCUGAGCUACGGCUCACGGCAGGCGCUCUGGGCGAGCGGGCCAUCAGGACUCGGAGUUCCGGCGGCCUUGGGCAUGGGAGUCACGGGAGUCAUAACAAGGCAGUUAGUGAGAGUGCCCUGCUCGAGGGCCUUUUGGAUCAGUACAGCGAGCGUUUGGUCACCAUGUUGGAUGAAAAGCUUAGGUUGAGAAAUCUGAGGGUCAGUGCCGGAGAUAACGAGGAGAGGAGGCCUAGGACCGUAGGGGGAAGGUCUUCUGCUUCUCCUUCUUCUUCGAUUUCUUCGGAGAUAGAAGGGGAAGCAUGUUCCGGUUCGGGGUCUGGUGAUGGCGAUGCUGAAGGAGAUGCUGAGGCAGCCGAGGAUGUUGCAGCUAAGGACAGGGGGAGACACGAUGAGGAUCCCGACGGGGAAGGAGGAGGUUGA